CUGCACCCCGAGUCCCCCGAGCGGGCUCCCAGACGCCGGGGGGAGCCCGCGAGCGGGGCCCUCACACCCAGGGGCACAUCCCGCUCAGGCGCCCACUAGCCGGGAGAAGGGCGGACGCGGAACCCCGGAACCUUCAAUCCCCGCCACCCGGGUUCGCCGCAGGAACAGUUGGGGGACCCGUUCGCGGUUGCUAAGGGGCGGCCCCGGAAGUGACGCGCCGGGUUUGUUGACAGCGGAGGCGGCUUGCGGCUUGCGGCUUCGAGCCUUAGGAGCAGGAUCGGGGGAGGGGCCGGGCCCCGGAGUCAGCACCCCGCGGCCCUCAGCCCCGCCCGCAGCCCUAAGGGCAAGCUGUGGCGCUGCCAAUGACCCUGUGAGAGCCGCGCGGACUCGCCCCGGGACUGUCCUGGAGCGGCCCUGCUGCGUGCCCAUGAUGGCGUCCGACACUCCCGAGUCGCUGAUGGCGCUCUGCACCGACUUCUGUCUGCGCAACCUGGACGGCACCUUGGGCUACCUGCUGGACAAGGAGACCCGGAGGCUGCACCCGGACAUCUUCCUGCCCAGCGAGAUCUGCGACCGGCUCGUCAAUGAGUACGUGGAGCUGGUCAAUGCCGCCUGCAACUUUGAGCCUCACGAGAGCUUCUUCAGCCUCUUCUCGGACCCCCGCAGCACCCGCCUCACCCGCAUCCACCUGCGCGAGGACUUGGUGCAGGACCAGGACCUGGAAGCCAUCCGCAAGCAGGACCUGGCGGAGCUGCACCUGACCAACUGCGAGAAGCUGUCAGCCAAGAGCCUGCAGACGCUUCGGAGCUUCAGCCACACCCUGGUGUCCCUGAGCCUCUUCGGCUGUGCGAACAUUUUCUAUGAGGAGGAGAACCCCGGCGGCUGUGAAGACGAGUGCCUCGUCAACCCCACCUGCCAGGUGCUGGUCAAGGACUUCACCUUCGAAGGCUUCAGCCGCCUGCGCUUCCUCAACUUGGGCCGCAUGAUCGACGGGGUCCCCGUGGAGUCCCUGCUGCGGCCGCUCAGCUCGCUGGCCGCCUUGGACCUCUCAGGCAUUCAGACAAGUGACGCGGCCUUCCUGACCCAGUGGAAGGACAGCCUGGUGUCCCUCGUGCUCUACAACAUGGACCUGUCUGACGACCACAUCCGCGUCAUCGUCCAGCUUCACAAGCUGCGACACCUGGACAUCUCCCGAGACCGCCUGUCUAGCUACUACAAGUUCAAGUUGACUCGCAAGGUGCUGAGCCUCUUUGUGCAGAAGCUGGGGAACCUGAUGUCUCUGGACAUCUCUGGACACACGAUUCUGGAGAACUGCAGCAUCUCCAAGAUGGACGAGGAGGCAGGGCAGACCAGCAUCGAGCCAUCCAAGAGCAGCAUCAUGCCUUUCCGGGCUCUGAAGAGGCCCCUGCAGUUCCUUGGACUCUUCGAGACCUCCCUGUGCCGCCUCACUCACAUUCCGGCCUACAAAGUAAGUGGUGACAAGAACGAGGAGCAGGUGCUGAACGCCAUCGAGGCCUACACGGAGCACCGGCCCGAGAUCACCUCGAGAGCCAUCAACCUGCUUUUUGACAUCGCACGCAUUGAGCGCUGCAGCCAGCUGCUGCGGGCCCUGAAGCUGGUCAUCACGGCCCUCAAGUGCCACAAGUAUGACAAGAAUAUCCAGGUGACGGGCAGCGCUGCCCUCUUCUACCUGACCAACUCCGAGUACCGCUCCGAGCAGAGCGUCAGGCUGCGCCGGCAGGUCAUCCAGGUGGUGCUGAACGGCAUGGAGUCCUACCAGGAGGUGACGGUCCAGCGGAACUGCUGCCUGACCCUCUGCAACUUCAGCAUCCCUGAGGAGCUGGAGUUCCAGUACCGCCGGGUCAACGAGCUCCUGCUCAGCAUCCUCAACCCCGCACGGCAGGACGAGUCGAUCCAGCGCAUCGCUGUGCACCUGUGCAACGCCCUGGUCUGCCAGGUGGACAAUGACCACAAGGAGGCCGUGGGCAAGAUGGGCUUUGUGGUGACCAUGCUGAAGCUGAUUCAGAAGAAGCUGCUAGAUAAAAUAUGUGACCAGGUGAUGGAGUUCUCCUGGAGCGCCCUGUGGAACAUUACGGACGAGACGCCUGACAACUGCGAGAUGUUCCUCAACUUCAACGGCAUGAAGCUCUUCCUGGACUGCCUGAAGGAAUUUCCGGAGAAACAGGAACUGCAUCGGAAUAUGCUGGGACUCUUGGGGAACGUGGCAGAGGUGAAAGAGCUCCGGCCCCAGCUAAUGACGUCACAGUUCAUCAGUGUCUUCAGCAAUCUGCUGGAGAGCAAGGCGGACGGGAUCGAGGUGUCCUACAACGCGUGCGGUGUCCUCUCCCACAUCAUGUUUGACGGGCCCGAAGCCUGGGGCAUCUGCGGGCCCCAGCGGGAGGAGGUGGAGGAGCGCAUGCGGGCCGCCAUCCAGAGCUGGGACGUCAACUCACGGAGGAAUAUCAACUACAGGUCGUUUGAGCCCAUCCUGCGCCUCCUUCCCCAGGGCAUCUCUCCUGUCAGCCAGCAUUGGGCCACCUGGGCCCUGUACAACCUCGUGUCCGUCUACUCUGACAAGUACUGCCCCCUGCUGAUCAAGGAGGGAGGAAUGCCCCUUCUGCGAGAAGUGAUCGCCAUGGCCACCGCCCGGCCAGAGACCAAGGAAAUGGCCCGCAAGGUGAUCGAGCACUGCAGCAACUUUAAAGAGGAGAACAUGGACACGUCCAGAUAGAGGCCUGCGCCAGGCUGCCGCCGCUCUAGACCUCGAGGCCGGAAGCGCGCACAGCAGCCCAGCGGGCAGACCCCUGGGGGCUCCCACUGGAGGAAGGGACACGGGGACUUUUGCACAAGCGACGCUUUUCCUUAACAUUAGUGAGAUAUAUAUAUAUUAUAUAUAUAUAUACAUAUAUAUAUUAUUUUUUUUUUUUUUGGUUAGGAAGUGUGAAGUUUGGUGUGUAUGAUUUCCGUACAAAAACAAACAAACAAAAAAACA